AUGUCGCUGGCGCGGUGCGGCGGGGUCACCCCCGCCCCCGCACGUCAAAGCGUGCGCCUUCGAACGAAAUCAGCGCGCGGACAUCGAGCCGUCGUCCCGCGCGCGUCCGUGAACGACGUCGUCUUACAAGCGGGCCCGCUUCUGUUGCCUCUCGUGCUCUCCACGGGGGCGGCGCUGUACCGCGGGUGGUCGAAAGCGCGUAGUACAUCUGGUGAGGAACGCGCGAACCCGCUCGCCGCGCUGCCGCCGGGGAUGUGGCUCGGGAUCGGCGGCGUGUGGUGCUACUGGCUCGCGAGUCAGUCGGGAGUAUUCUGA